AAUUGGUACGUACCAUAAACUGUGCUAUAGUUCAUAGAAAGAUAAGGUGAGGUGGGGGAAUUGUACCAAAGUGAGUAGCAUUGUGAAAGUAUCAAGAAGGAAAAGAAACAGGGAACAGAGGACACAAAAAUGGACCAAAAAAACAACUUGCAGUGCUCGAUCCGGGAGUACCAGGCCGAGGAUAAAGACGCCGUCAUCACAUUGUUUCGCAAUGGGAUUUUGGAACAUGUUUACCCAGCUUUCUUCAAGACCAUAAGCCACCCAGAUCAAAUCGGUGUGACCCUAAGCAUUUCCAUGGCAGGGUACGUGCUAGGUGGAAGCUCCUAUUUCAUGGCCUUACUCUUUGGAGGAGCGUGGGCUGGUCUCAUCUACUACUGCUGCUAUGAAAUAUACGAGGGCUACAGGCUAAGUAGGAUGGCCACGGACAUGUCCGACAUCCAGGCCAGCUUCCUAGACAACCCAGACAACGGCUUCUGGGUGGCGAAGGCUGAAGUCAACGGCAAGUCCAAGGUGGCUGGGCUGGUGGCGGUAGUGGGGAGGAGGGGAGGGGACGAAAGGGGAGAUGGCUGGAAUGGAGGGCUUUUGAGUGGGGUCGAUGAGAUUGGCCAAGAUGAGAGAGAUGGAAGCUACGGUGAGGUGCCCCACUUGAUCGUGUCGUUCGCGUACCGCAAAAAAGGCCUUGGCUCGCAACUGGCUCAUAAGGUCAUGGAGUUCUGCAAGGAUCGUGGCUUCUCUCGUGUUGUCCUGGAAACCAGCUCACCGCAGACAGCAGCCAAUGCCCUCUACAGCAAACUAGGCUUCAUUCAAACCUCCUGCCACAGUAACACGCACGUUAACCACUGGUUCUCCAAACUGGCCAACAUCCAAGUAAUGCAUAUGGAGAAGUACAUCUAACAAUCAAAAGUUCAUCUAGCAUCACUCAGCCACAGCUACCCAUGACAGCACUACCAUGUAGAAAUAAACACAGCUAUUUCAUCUCAAUUACUCAAGACAGGCCCUUUUCAAUGAAGUGUUUCCAAUCAAAUUCACGUUUACAUAUAAAAGCCUGUCUCUUGUCCAAACAGUUUGACAACAUCCU